UUGGCUGGCUUAACUACGCGUCAGUAGUGGGCGUGGCUCAACGCACUGUCAAAGUCGCACAGGGUUGUCAAAUACAUUUCACACACAGGGAAGAGACGUCUGUGCGAUUCUUAAGGGCCGACUAUCCAUGACAAACUUCCAGAGAGAAAAUGAAGCAGCCAAAUCCCUUUUCAGACGGCUUGAGUCGGCGGUUACUCCCAUCGUGUCUGGGGACUACAGCCACCACCGGGACAAAUCUGGUAUGGCUUCAAGGGUGUCGUUCUCGCAAUACCGGCUGGAAGCGGAGAUCGAGCGGCACCGAGCCGAGUGCCAAUGGGACAAGAUACCCGCUUUGAUCGAUCAGCUGCUGACAGCCCGGAUCCACGAGGAUGAUGACUAUGGAACGCUGCUAUUGGCCGAAGCCCUGCUGGAGGAGGGCCUGCAGGAUAAUAUGGACCUAUUGCGGAGCUCCACGCCAGUGGUGGACCAGAACCAGGAAAAGUUGUCCAGGGCGAAGGGACACCUGAACACCAUCCUGAGCCGUGGAAGACUAUCCCCCAGGUACUUGAACGAGGCGUUGCUGCUGAUGGCCAAGGUUCACUACGUCCACGGCCGGUACCGGGACGCCCAGGGCAUGUGUGCCCGGGUCAGCAUCGAGGAACUCUCCCAGUCUGAGCAGCCCGUCUACCACCUGCGACUGCUGGCCGAGGCUUUCGCUAUCAAAGGUCUAUCCCUGGACCACCAGACGCUGUCGUCCGUGUCCCGCGUGCGUCUGUCCGAGAGAGAGGAGGAGAGCCUCACCUGCUACCUCAGGGCCUGCGACACAGCCCUCUCCUAUAUGCAGGAGCUGGAUAAGAUGGUGAUGAGCACCCACUCAAAGUCAGCAAAGGGCCUCCCAUACCACCCCCCUGUGGAUGUGGAGCUGGGCUUCUUCCUGCAGGCGGCGCUACAGAGUGGAUACCUGUGUCUGCUGCAGCGAGGUCAUCUCGCCCAGGGUACUCACCAGCUGCGUCGGGUUCUGAGGGUGGUGGAGACACGCAGCUCUCAGCAAUUCAGGAAGUCCGCAGCCAGGAAGCUGGCCCAGGUGCUGCUGAGCUCGGUGAGCGGGGACAGCUACUGGCCCCCCCUGGGCCCCCCGCCCCCCACCUGGCUCAAUAGGGAGGGGGCCGCCGCCUCCAAGGACGCAAUGUACCCCCGGGCCCGACCCCCGCAGCGCUACCCCAUCGAAGGCUGCUUCUGUCCCCAAGACGUUGUGGAGGAGGCCAUACUGCUACUGCUGAUCACCGAGUCAAUGGCUGGAGCGGAGGCGGUCAUCAGCCGCUCCCCCGAGCAGGCGGAGGCGCUGCAGGCCAGCCUGCAGGACGCCACCUCGGUGUACGACCUGCUGAGCAUCGGCAUGGCCAGGAGGGGGCAGUACACCAUGUUGUCAGAGUGCUUGGAGCGAGCCAUGAAGUUUUCAUUUAACGAGUUUCACCUCUGGCACCAACUGGGUCUGUCACUCAUGGCGGCUGGAAAGGGUGUCGUGGCUGUAUCCGUGCUGAAGCAGUGUAUGGAAAUGAGACCAGAGGACCCCUCAUUGCCCUUGUUGGCUGCUAAAGUCUGCAUUGGACAGCUGCACUGGCUGGAGGAAGCGGAGGCCCUGUCUGAGAGUGUGGUGGCCAUGGGGGAGGACGCGGGAGAGCUGCUGCCCAGAGCUCACCUCGCCCUGGGGCUGUGUUCCAGUCUGAAGGCCUCCGACGCCACUCUGAAGGCAGAGAGAGACACCUUUAACAUGAAAUCCCUGGACGCACUGCAAAAGGCACAUCGACUGGAUCCCCAGGAUGCGCUGGUCGCCAUGUACCUGGCCCUCCAGUUGGCCCUUGUACGCCAGGUGUCAGCUGCCAUGGAGCCCCUGCAGGUGGCGCUGUCCCUGCGUGGAGACGACCUGCACUCCCUCCACCUGCUGGUGCUGCUGCUCAGCGCUCAGAAGCAGCACCGACACGCCCUGGACACGCUCAGACUGGCCCUGAGCCAGCACCCACACAACUUCAAUUUGUUAUUCACUAAGGUCAAGCUGGAGGAGGUUCUGUGUGGACCAGCUGUGGCGCUCCAGACUUGUGAGGACAUGCUGCAGCUCUGGCAGAGCCGCUAUGACUUCAAUCGCACCAGCGAGGUGGAUGACAGCAGCAGUAUACCAGCGGCUGAGCGGCCAGAGGUCCCGCCUGGGGCGAGGAAGGUCUCCACCACCCUCACCCUCCCAGACUUCCAGACGCCUCCACGAGUGGGCUCGAUCAGCGCUCCAUCGGUGGUGGCGUCCCGCCUGGACGCCGCCCUGUCUGAGGUGUCUGUCAGUAGCUCCGCCCACCGCCAGGGACCCGCCUACAUCUGGUCGACGCUGGAGCGCAUCUGGCUGCAUGCAGCCCCCCUCCCCCCACCUCGCUCUUGCUGCCCUCAGGGCCAGCUGCUGGUGCGGACGGGGCGGGUCCACCUGGGGGAGAAGGUGCUGCGGGACGCGGUGCAGGCCCACAGCACGUCCCACGAGGCCUGGAGCGGGCUGGGCGAGGCCCUGCAGUCCCGGGGCUCCAGCCAGGCCCCGGACUGCUUCCUCACCGCCCUGCAGCUGGAGGCCACCGCCCCCAUCCGCCCCUUCACCGUCAUCCCACGGGAGCUGUGAGGACCAGGGCCUGUCGGCAUGUGUGUGUGUGUGUGGGUGGUGGUGAUGUGUGUGUGGAGGGGGGGUGUGAAGAUGAUGAAGGUGGGGAUGGGUAAUUAGCGGUUAGGGGGGAAGGGAUAUGGUCAUUCUAGACUGUUGUGUUCUCUCUCCUCGAUC